AUGUACAGAUCCGCGAGUUGGAACCGUGCGACGGAAGACUACUCGUCUGCACCGCCAAAAGGAAUGUGGAUGGGCUCAAUGGUCGGCCCACUCGACGAGGAGGAACCACCUUCCUACAAAAAUCCACCAGAAGAGAUGGUUAAGAAGGACAAGUCACGCGCCAAGUUCGCAGAAAACGCUAUUCACAUCAUUCCUUUUGUCCUUCUUGCAUGCGCUCUCGUCCUUUGGCUCUUCUCAAAUCCAGAUGUGGAUGUUGGGAUGAGAGAGGAAUCUAUUGCGGCUAGGAUUGAAGGAUUGACGAUCGAAGGAGACAUGGACAACGACAGCGAUGGAACUCAGACUGGUUUCUUGGGCGCCGCCUUAGAACUCGGUGCUGAUUCUGACAAACCACACCAUGUUAAUCGGAAGAGACGAGCUUCAAGGAAGCUUAUUAAAGGCUUCUACUAG